UGACAUUUGAUCCGUGGUUUUAUUUACGAUUAGCGAAUGAAGUUUUACGUAUUUAGCAUUAGCAUUGUUGCAGUCAUAGUAAGUGGGGAAUUGUGUGGUUGUAGUGUUGUUUACAUUGGUCGUUCUGUGGUAGUGUAGUUCUAUGUUCUAUGUUCUAUGUUCUAUGUUCUGUGCUGUGGUUCGGAUUCGGACAGUGGACGUUGGACGUUAAUUCGUAGAAGUAAAUUGUGUCGGAAAAUCGGAAGUGUUCGGAAUAGGGUGCUAGAUAAACAUCACAAUAAACAUCUAAACAACUAAACAUGGUUCCUAGUCCAAUUUCGCCCCUGUGAAUUCUCCCAAGUAACUGGCACUCCAUCAAUAAUUGUGAAAGCCUGUAGAAUUGCUUACAAAAGACGUAUUGUACAACUAAUCAACACGAAAAUCCAAUACACACAAAGGUCCUUUAUAACCUAGUUAGUAGCAGUUUUAGUUUGCACAGAUAAAGGAAUAAGCUGUUAAGUACCCUCACCUAUUCGUUAGAAUGUUCCGACGUAGUCAAACUGAUACUGAUGGUCAUCAUGAGAAUUCUAAUAAUUUAAAUCCUCAGAACAAUUAUAGUUGUUCCCUCAUGUCACAUUCAAAAAAUACAGUGUGUACAACUCCAAUGAGAUCAUCGUUUAGAAGAUACUUCUUGGCAGAUACUUGGCAUACACCUUCACUAGCUCAAAAAAAGAUAGACAGUGAAUUUCAUUUUAGCACUAAAAUUGAUUGUGAAAGUCCUGGCUAUUCAUCACGUGUGGUGCGAUAUAAUGAAGAACAGGGAAAACCACAACCAAGUCAUCUUUGCAAAUAUGAUAAGUUAGGAGUUUUUCCAAUUGUACACUUCUUUAAAAAAGAACUACCAUAUCUCAGAAGAAAAGGAGUCAAAGCACAAUUUUCACUUAAUUCAUUAGAAAUUUCAAAAUUAUACGCACCAGACCAUAAUCAGUUAUUGCUAGAAGAAAUGAUAAAGUCUAGUCCAGGAAGUCAAGAAACAGUUUCUAAUAACCCUGAGUCAAAUACCAAAAGUGUUCUAGAUGCUUUAAAAGAAAUCUCUGGAAAAAGAAUUCAUGCAGAUGGAGAGGAAUUUAUUUUAAAAGAAGAUGGCAAAAGGAUGUAUAUAAAUUAUGACAGCGAAAGCAAUUCUAGUAAACGUGUGAAACAAAAUUCGCAAGUUGAAGAUUUUACCCGUGCUAUUUCACCAAUUAGAACAGCUAUUUUAUUAGAUGAAUUGAUGGCAUCAUGCUCGUCAAUGGAUGAACAAAAAAAGUCAAAUAUAACGAGGCAUAGUGUUCAGACGGUGACACCUUUGAAGCCGUUUACAACAGCAGAGUAUGUGGAUGUUGAAACACAAACAAACGAAUCUCAAGUUUCCACCAACUCUACAUCGAUUGACAACACCAAAGAAGUUACUAAAGAAGUUAUAAAUCCAAGCAAAACUCGACGAGAAGUGAAAGUCAAGAAAGUUUCACCGAUCAAAAUUUUUGAUGAAACACCCUUGGAAACGAUGAGAAAAAACAGACUUACUGCUCUAAUGGGCUCAUUAACUGAGAAUAAGCUACAAAAUAAAAUCCCGUUAAGUACACAACAAAGUGAAGAUAAGUUCGUUUUGGACAAACCCCUUGUAUCUAUUCUUGUGGGAAAUACAAAGAAUCUCCGAAAAAGUGUUAAACAUGUCACUUUCGAUGUGCCUGAAGUUGUUGACUUAUCUGAUGCCGGAAAUAAUACGAAUGCAUCAAAAGACGUUUUUUUCAGAAAGACUGACAUAGAUAUAACUAGAACAUCAACAGCUAUAUGCUCACCUAUUGUCUCUGCCAGUAUCACUGAAUCAGAUUCUUCGCAAAAAAUGUCAGGAAAUUUUAUCGACAACGUAACCCCUUUGCUCAACAGCAGUAAUACGUUGGUCAAUCAUAAUCAAAAAAUUCCAAAUUCCAAAGUGAAUUUGUCUACUUCUUUGUCUUCUUCACAGGUCAUUCUUAAUAACACAGUAACGUGGCCGUUUACACAAAACCAGCAUUUAGUUUUUAUAAAUGAUACUGUGGAGAAAAAUGUGAGUGAAUGCAAUGCUGCUAAUGCUAGUGUUAUAAAUAAAGGUGUCGGCAUACAAUUGAAAAAGAAAAUGGUUGAUAAUAGUUUUACAACCGAAAUAAAUGAGACCGCAUUUCCUGCUGCAAAUACAAGUCAAACAACAGAAUUAAAGGAAACAGUUUGUACACAAACUCUAACAAUGGCAGCUCCUGUAACAUUUACUGCACCUACCACGUCCAUCAAUUCAAAAUCAACCACAUCCUGUGGUCAAGAAAAUAGUAAUAUUUUUAGUGAUACGAGCACUAACCAGUCAUUUAGUAUACCUUCAGUGGGACCAUUUUCAAUAAAUAAAUGUCAAACGGGCAGUACACAACAAGUUAUUGGUACUUCCGCAGUUUCAAUAAAUACUUUUGAACAACCUGUUAUAUCACAGACAAGUUGUACGUUCCCUACGAACUCACACAUGAAAACUUCCACGCAAACUUUCAAUACAUGCUCAGUCCCUACAAAUGAACCAACAUCAUUUGUUGGUGUUUCAAGUAGUCAGUUGACCACACCAAAUUUUGCUUCUUCAUCCUUUGGAUCCAAUAAUUCCAGCUUAAAUUUAUUUAGUACCACAGUUGUUACCAAAAGUCCUUUGACUUUUUCUGUUGCAACAACACCAAAUCAAUUAUCGUUUAACGCCCAUAAAAGUACUAGUUCAACAACUUCCGCAGUUAGUAGUUCAAGUAAGGAGUUUGAAAGUUCUAAUUCUUCAACAUCAAAAAUGUUUCCUGAAAAUAGUAACAAAACACCAACGAACAGUUUUUUUUUUAAUGAAUCCAACUGUUCUUUUUUAAAAAAAUCCGCAUGCAAUAGUGAAAGUACUACUUCUUCUAGUUAUGGGGUGGUCGGAAAUAUUAAAACUAUGUUCGGAUACACUUCACCGACAUUACUUAAUGAUACAACUUCAAAUUUUGGAAGAAGUAGUGGCAACAGAGCGGGUGUAGAUGCAUUUGAAAACGUAAUAACCACAACUAGUGCGGUCUCAGUUACAAAUAGUUUUACCACAUCCACCGACUUACCAGCUUUUGGUGCUAGUAAAAAUCCAAAUUUCACACCUAAUAAUUUUGGAAUCAAUCAGAAAUCCAAUUUUAACAGUAACUUAGGUAAUGAUUUUAAAAAUACUCCGCCGUCGUUUGGAUCUUCCUUUAACAAAACUUUUGGAGGUAAUACCAAUGUAUGUGGUUUUGCUACAAAUGCCAGUGGAGCGUUAACAAAUUUUGAUUCUAACAGAGAUUUCGGCCAAACAAACAAUGUUGGUUCAAGCUCGUCUUUUUCUGGUAUGACUUCGUCAUUUGAAAAGCCCGUUGGAGCUAACACUGGCGAAACAACUGCGUUUGAUAGUACGAACCAUACACUUGCUUCUACUAACCUUACUCAAAAUUCCCAAAGUAAUAUAUUUACUUUUGGCACAAACAACACCAAUAAAACUGCAAUUUUUUCAUUUGCCACGAACCAGGCUGUUAAGUCACCGUUUACUUUUCAAGAAGAAACCAACGUAAAUGUAUUUGGAAAUAAGAAUUUAAGUGAUAAUGCAUCAUCCGUGUUUAAUUCUUCCACAAAUUCACAAUUUAAUGUUCAACCAUCAGGGGGAAAUAUGUUCAAUAUAGGAGUUGGAAAUUCGACUCCUAGUCGAAUGAGGGCACAACAUAAGACAAAACGGAGAAAUUAAUAUUUGUCUUUAUUAUUUAAUUAUUUUUUAAACCUUUUGUUAAACUUUUAAAAUUAAAUUAUUUUUACUGUUCUUAUUCAAAAUUAAUAAAUGUAUGGAUAGAUC